GUCGGACCGAGAGCGAGCGCGGUGUCGAAAAUCUCCGGAAAACAGACAAGACCAAGAAGGCAUCCUGCUCCGACUCUUCCUUCUCAUCCCGCGCAACAACUCAUCCAUCGCAUCUACUUUGAGCGUACUCACUUGCACCACACUUAGCAGCUUACCUGAGAUACACUUCCUUUAUCUCAAGCCAGGCUCGCCCACCGAACGUCAGACGGUUGAGCAGUCCUUAUACACCGUUUCAAUAUUUAAACGUAUCUACAAUACCAAUCUCAGAUAUGAGCGGAAAGUCAGAGGAACCCGCUGUUGCACCGGGACCCCUACCGGACUUCAGUCAUUGUACAAUCAAAAACGAAUGGACUUUCACGGACUACCAGGUCCUGUUCGAUAACCCCGCCACGCGGAAAGACCCCGUCAAAUGGGUCCCGAAAGUCGCCAUCUGGCAGAACCACCAAAUGGCCAUGUUGAUGGACAAGGUGUCAGUCGAAGGCGACUUUCGGGUGAACGAGAAACUCACGAUGAAAGGAUUGGCUUUAGACGCCGAGCUUUUAGAUGCCGCUAAAAUACUUAUGCAUCGCUUUUUUAUGACACGUCCAAUGCAAGACACACACCGGUGGGAGAUUUGUGCUACCUUAAUAUACAUGGUCGGAAAGCUGGCGGAGCUUCCGCAAUUCAAGCGUGUGGAGCACGUAGCCCAGGUGUUCGCGGCGGCGCUAGUGAAGGCGAUUCCGAGAAGAGAGGAUAUUGAUAUUUGGGUCAAGAGGAUGAUUUUUAACGAAAUUGAAAUCAUGGCAUCCGUUGGGGCUGACCUCUGGCCUGACCUCCCGCAUGGAAGGGCCCGCAAGCUCAUCAAAACAUACGGAGGCUCCAAGGAGCUUCGAGAGAGUGUCGAGAAAUGCUGUAGUGACGCUCUGAUAACUACGCUGGCCAUUCGUGCCUCACCCGACGAGAUAGCGCAAGGCGCCGUGCUCUUGGCAUGUUUUAAGACCAAGACGAAGCUACUCGUCGGAGAAAAGCGCUGGUAUCAGGAAGAAGGGCUCGACAAGCAUCGUCUCGAUGUAAUUGCCCAAGAGAUCUCCAACGCUCGGCAUAUGCAAAAGACUAUGGAUUUUAUCGAGCAGCGGACGAAGCAAAUCCAGGCUCCUCUAGUUCAAGAGCACUCGCAAGUCAAGGCAACACAAAAGGAUUCAAUCAAACCCAAAGAAGCUGUCCGCAGGAAAUCAGGAUCAGAGCUCGCAGUCGAAAAGAACGUUGCAAACAGUAACAAAGAAGAGAACAUCAUUGUUCGGAAGCGUGGUGCAGGUGACGACGUGGAACCAGGGGAAAUCGAGGAAGAGGAGGUGCGUCCUCCUUCCCGUAAGGUGGCAAGGCGAACACAGCAAUCGCAGCCAAACACGAAACCUACACUCCCUUCGCCCACCUCUCCCGCGCCCACCCACCGGCACAGAGACGCACACCGUGAUAAUCGUGAUCACCGGCAACAUCCCUAUCGAAGAAGCAAUCACGGACGUGGUCGUCGCAACUCCCGUGCAUCGCUGUCUCCCCCACCAAAGGACGUAAGGAGAGUGUCGCUCGAAGAUUUGAAACGCGAGCGACCGGAAACCAAGGUCACCCCGUCGAAGACAGAACCUUCCACUCCUAUCCGCAAAGUGGCACUGCUGGAAGUACCAAGCGAGACACCCGCAGAGGGUGCAGCAAGCCCUGAUAAGGGCCGCAACCACCGUUCGUACGCCGCACGCCGACCGAGUCUUCGCCACAAUCCCAUCCGUCGCCCAUCCAAGUAGGAUGAUCCCUCCAUUUCAUCGACAGAAAAGCUCAAGCCCGCAAACGCAACAUUUUUGGACCCCCUUUUUGACACCACGAGAUAUAUACCACUGUCCAAAGCCGCGUAGUGACCCAGAAACGCUCCUUAUCCACGACGUUUCCCCACAUUUUUUUGGUUAAGUUAAACACACCCUUUUUGCAUGCCCUUUUUGAACCCCCCCACGCGAUCAGUCGCUUUGGAAAGUGGGUACCUCCCUCGAGUUGACGAGCUUGCUUUGAAGUAGUGGGAGAUAUCUUUCGGA